GGAGGCGGCGGGCGGCGGCGGCUUCCGUUGCGGGCGCGCGAGCGGCGGCGGUUGGGCGGGUGCUGCGCGCGCGCAAGAUGAGUGAAUCUCUGGUGGUUUGUGAUGUUGCUGAAGACCUGGUGGAGAAACUGAGAAAAUUCCGGUUUCGUAAAGAAACCAACAAUGCUGCCAUUAUCAUGAAAAUCGACAAGGAUAAGCAGUUGGUGGUGCUGGAUGAGGAGCAUGAGGGCAUUUCUCCUGAUGAGCUAAAAGAUGAGCUGCCUGAGAGACAACCUCGAUUCAUUGUGUAUAGUUACAAAUAUCAGCAUGAUGAUGGAAGAGUUUCUUAUCCACUGUGCUUUAUCUUCUCCAGUCCAGUUGGAUGUAAACCUGAACAGCAGAUGAUGUAUGCUGGAAGCAAGAAUAAACUUGUACAGACAGCUGAACUCACUAAGGUAUUUGAAAUAAGAAAUACAGAAGACCUAACUGAAGAGUGGCUGCGUGAGAAACUGGGCUUCUUCCAUUAAGAAAACUUUUGUCAUGAGUAUUUAUGUACCAUCCUGAUGAUACUGGAACCAGACAUGAAUACUUACAUCUAAAAAAUGCACUGUAUUUAAACCUGUCUCCUGCAGUAUCUCUCUUGUGCAAAGUUUGUGCAAAGAAUAGCAGGUCUGUCUCCUCCAAGUAACAAAUCUUUGCAGGUGUUUCCUUAUUUGUACCUGUUAAAAGGGAAUACUCCUCUGCAGGGACUCCUUUUGCACUCUUGUGACUAAUAUUUCUAUAACUAAAAUAAUUCUGGAUUUCUAAUUAUCUACAAACAUAAUUUGGAAGCUGAAGCUAACUUUUUCUGAGCUACAAAUGCAUCCUUAUGAUACAUACUAGCCAUUUAUAUGCAGAAAUUGUGUACUUUCUGUCACUUACUGUUCAGAUUUUUGACUUCAUGUCUUCUCAGUUUUGCAAACUACUCCCUGGAAGCAUUUAGUCUUAAAAAGACCAAAUCCUUUUACAGCAGAUCCAUCCCUUUAUCUUUCCAUCAAGACCAUGUGAACUGUUUCAUAUUCUUGGAGCUAAUUGUUGCCAUUUCAGUAAUUCCUCAGUUGACUGAAUCAGUCUUACUAAAUUUCAGGGCAAAGCUUUGACUGUCCAGUCCUCAUGCUGAUGCAGUCUUACAGGAACUAGAUGAUAACUAAGGGCUGAAUUACAACUCUGGUUACUCUCCUACCAGAUGUCUGGCAUAUAUAACUUAUUACACUGUUCAGAAGUUUACCUCUUUGCUCAUUUCCUGUUACAUGAACACCUGUUAAUACUGUGUGCCUUUAAUUUGUUAGCUUUAAAAUGACUUGAGAAUUUUACACUGCCACUUACUAUGAAUUUGGUGAAAACUUUCAUAAAGGAUCCAAGUAACAUUUUUUUUCCUAGUGCCUAUUGUUGCAGGUGACAUCUGUGAAAAAACAAACAAAAAAGCUAACUUUUUUCUUUGAAAUUCCAGUCAUCUACUCCAUUUGUAGGAGUCAGGAGGUUAAAGCUUUUCAUGCUAAUGAAUGAUUUAUAUCUCUUGUUAUAAAAGUUGGCCACAUGUAGCUUUUGAGUACUUUAAUUACAGUCUCUUUCUUAUCUCCUUGUUGGUCAGAAUUACAUUCCAGAUAAAGCUUUUGCAUAAGUGAUAAUUUGGGUUUUGUUUCCAUACCAUUCAUCUCUUUGAAACAGCAAAUAUUCUAAUGUGAAAAUAGUAUUUAACUUUUAUAAAUGACCAGUCUUUUUACAGGUCUGUUUUAUAUUGACUAGAGUAGUUGUCUGAUAUGGGACAUGUCCAUGCAGUGGCAAAAGGAGCACUUGUGACAGUAUUUCACUAUCUUGCUCACGAGUGUUUGUUGUGCUACUGAAGAAGUAUCAGUGUAAGAGCAUCUUCCUGUUGAUAACAACCUCAAAAUACAGCUGCCCUGACAAACCUGUUGGGUGGGAAGGAAUGCAGUGUUCAAUUUGGAGGCCAGUAUUUCAUGCUGUGAAACCUUUGCUGAAAGGUUUAUUUUUUCCUUUGUAAAGAUAGGUGUUAGUGUUAAAACACUAAUUCUUCCAAGAUCACAAGGAAUUCAUUUGCAAAAGUCCUCAGUGUUGGUAAAUGUCUUCUCAGUUUGAUGUUACUGCUCAUUUAUUUGCACACAGAUCUGACUCGAGAGGAGCUUUUCAAAAUACAUGUUAGAAUCAUCCAAUUAAAUUGAUCUUUCAGUGUGGGGAAGAAAUGCUUGUAAUUACAAUUACAUUUUUGUGUUAAGGUGGUGAACUGGAAAACCAAUUUCAUUUCCCUGGACAAAAAAAAAAAAAAGAGUUGUGAAACUGUUGCUUAUGAUCAUGCUGUACUGCAAAUCAAUAAAACAAUGUCUUUUGUGACAAA